CUCCUUGUGACGUCGUACUGCACAUAUCAUAUCGUAAGCUAUGCUACCUGUGUUGAAGGCAUCUGUCCAUGAUGUUCGGUACUUUGCUGCACUUUUACGUGGCGUCAAUUUUGUCAACAGGGCUACGAUUACUGUCACCAAGAGAGGAUUUAUCGCAGUGGUAGAAGAAGCACGGACUCUGUUGGGAACCGCAUAUAUCUUUUCCGACGUCUUUGACGAAUACGAAUAUAAUUCCGAAUCUCCAAGCAAUACACAGGAUAGCGCAGACGACGAAGAUGGUGCCAAUGCCGCCUUUGAAGUACCAUUGAACACCCUUAUCGAGUGUCUAAACAUAUUCGGAACCGCGGGCGGGUCCAACUACAACACCCCCGGAGGCGGCCGACAUACUAGAUGGAAAAAGGUUGGCGACAACGACGAUGGUGAUGAGCGCGACGACGAUGACGAUGGGGGACGGGGCAGGAUACAACAAUUCUUUGGCGGUAGCUCUGAAAAGAGGACGGGGAUGCGAAUGUCGUAUGCUGGUGCUGGAUACCCCUUGACUCUGCUUCUUGCUGAAGACUCGACCGGUCCGACAACGACGUGCGAGAUAUCUACAUACGAUGCCGAACCUCACCUCGAACUUCCAUUUGAUCUGGAAAAAAUGGUUCUCAAAAUCAUUCUCAAAUCAGAAUGGCUACGCGACGCACUCUCAGAAUUGGAUCCCUCAUGCGAGAAACUAACGUUUAUUGGAAAUCCUCCCCCCAGGGAAGAUCCCCAAAGACAGAAGGCCAAGUCACGGGUAGGAUUGAAGCCAAUGCUUCGCAUCCAGGCUACAGGAACAUUCGGUAGCACCGAGAUGGACUACCCGAACGACAGAGACGUCCUAGAGACUUUUGAUUGCGCUCAAACCAUCAGCUUCAGUUAUCGGUUCGCUCACAUCUCUCGGGCGCUGAGAGCUCUACAGAGCUCUACAAAGACGUCGCUACGUAUUGACGAUGAGGGCCUGCUGAGUCUUCAGUUCCUUAUGCCAUCUCCUUCACCCAAACUAGGGAAAAGGGAUGAGGGCCCAGCGGCUUUCAUAGAAUUUCGUUGUUUAGCAUUGGACGAUGACUAGUUCAUGUUGUAUACUUGUACUGCAUUCUUAUGAAUACGACGCUAUACUUGUCGGGUGGGACGCCGUGCGGUGGAGAUGCUUCACAGCCCUUUCUAGGCUUCAGGCUCAAGUAUUCACCAAAAGUCGUGUGGAUGUUGUCGUAUUCUUGAGAUUAUUUUCACCUUUUUGUUUCCACUUUCUUAUUCGCAGACUCAUUUCUUCAACCUGUUAGCACAAUCUCUGAUAUCUUUGCUUUGACGUC